AUGCGAUAUGGCCACAAACACUUGGAGCAGGCGUACAGAUUACAGUUGAAGAAUCGCAAACAGAAACGUGACGAAAGCCUUCAAGAAUUGGAAUUAGAUAUUGCGAAGAUGGUGCUAUUUGCCUACCCAUCAGCUCCGGAAUCCAUGAUUGAAUGUUUGGCCGUUCAAGCAUUUGUAGAUGGACUUUGUGACCAUGAAAUGCAAAGAAUACUUCGUUUAGCCCGUCACAAAACAUUGGGCGAUGUCUUGUCCGCUGCUCUUGAAUAUGAAGCGGCUACGCUGGUUUCUAGUGGAUACAGUGAAGUAAGGACUGUAAAAGAAGAAGAACAAGAAAAUAAAUUUGACCAAUUGUUUCACAUGAUAAAAACCCUUAUUGAGAAGCAACCGAAGACUAUUAGGUGCUGGAAUUGCGGUGAAAUGGGAAAUGUAAGUAGUUCGCGCGAACGCCCAAAGAACACUACGAAUCAAAAAACCGUGCCGGUGACAGUACAGGAAGGAACGGUGUUGCCUGAAAGUAGUGAAACCAUAAAGAGUAAGGCGGUUGCAAGAAACUGUAGAGAAAGCAACGCCUGUCAUGGCGGAACUUCCGAAGUGCAAUGAAGGUGUUGGUCAAGGAACUGUGAUUGGAAAGGGGUUGGCCACAUCUGUUAAAGAAGUACGAAGAACGUCGGUUGUCAGCGAUGAGUGGGUUCCUGUCAAACUUAGGGAAGAACAAGGGAACGAUCCAGUUUUAAAGAAGAUAAGAGAAUGGAAAGAGGAAAAUUGUCGACCUACUUGGCAAGAAGUAUCAAAACUCUCUCCAGUAGUUAAAUCAUAUUGGGCUCAGUGGGCCUCCUUUAUCCUGGAAGACGACUUAUUAAAGCGAGUACUUGAAAAUGAUUGUGGUUUCGAGAACAUUAGACGGUUGGUCAUUCCAAGGAGUAGCAGUACUUCGUCAGUUACACGACAGUCCAUCAGGAGGACAUCUCGGUGUUAGGAAAACCCUUCAGAGACUUCGGGAAAGGUUUUACUGGAUGAACAGUUCCGAUGAUGUACAGGACUGGUGUAAGAAAUGUACCAGUUGUGCUAUGAGUAAUAACCUCAGCGACAAAGGAAGGCUCUCAUGAAGCAAUACAACGUUGGUAGUUCAUUUGAGAGGAUCGAUAUUGGUGGACCAUUCCCCAUGACCGAGAAUGAUAAUAAA